AAGCCAUGCGUUGGACUCACAUUUGAGUCCCAGGUUCCAGAUAAACCACGCGUUGGACUCACAUUUGAGUUCCAGGUUCAGGGUAAGCCACGCGUUGGACUCACAUUUGAGUCCCAGGUUCCAGGUAAGCCACGCGUUGGACUCACAUUUGAGUCCCAGGUUCCAGAUAAGCCACGCGUUGGACUCACAUUUGAGUCCCAGGUUCAGGGUAAGCCACGCGUUGGACUCACAUUUGAGUCCCACGUUCCAGAUAAGCCAUGCGUUGGACUCACAUUUGAGUCCCAGGUUCCAGGUAAGCCACACGUUGGACUCACAUUUGAGUCCCAGGUUCAGACUGAGAUCGACCAAUACACAAACUGCAACUGUGAGUCUGGAGCAAAGUGCAUACUGAUAUCGAACUGCGAGUAUUUCAAUGCCAACAACUUCUCGACGGCCAUCCAGAGGAAAUCUGAAAAUCUCCAAGACACUCCAGACUACCAGCCCGGCCGCACCUACUACUUUACCAGAAACUGAGUGUUUGAAGAUCCUAAUUCUCCAGUCACUGAGAGUUUUUCAUUUUCUCCUAGCUAACAGUCCUUUAAUUUUUUGCUAAUUUUUCCAUACUGAGAGUUUAAAGGCCGAUUUAUGUAUAUUUACUUUUGAGAUUUCAAGUAUAUCCAUGCUGAGGGGUUAAAGGCAAAUGAUAUAACAGCCAUGUAGUUGAGUUGCUUUGUACAAUCCACAUAAGCUUAUUGUGCAUUUAUUGUGUUGUGGUGUUAGUGUA